AAGAUCAAUAAACUUUGAGAAACAAAACACGAAUUGAUCUGAAAUUUUGAGGCGAAUCUUGGUGUGAAGUUUUAUAAAGUUCGUGAUACGUAAUUUGGUAAAUUAUAGUGCUUUUGCAUCCGAUUUCAAGUUAAAAAGCAAAUAAAAAAAUGGAUCAAAUUUUAGUAUCUGCUGCAAAGCAGUUGGAAAAACAAUUGGAUAGUGAAAUUGAGCGAUUGGAUAACCUUGGUGCUGAUGAUAUCGAAGCAAUUCGUGAACGACGACUGAAAGAAAUGAAGCAACGUCAAGAAAAAAUCAUUAAAUGGAAACAAAAUGGACAUGGAGAAUAUUCAGAGUUAGUUGAUGAAAAAGAGUUUUUUGAGGUGUCGAAAAAGUCGGAAAAUAUCGUCUGUCACUUUUAUCGUGAUGGCGCUGAACGGUGCAAGAUCGUCGAUAAACAUUUGAGGAUUCUCGCUGCAAAACACAUUGAAGCUCGAUUCUGUAAAGUCAAUGCUGAAAAAUGUCCUUUCCUUACCACACGCCUUAGGAUCAAAGUAAUUCCAAGUAUAGCAUUAAUUGCUGACAACAAAACAAAAGAUUACAUCGUAGGAUUCACCGAUCUCGGCAACUGUGAUGAUUUUAGCACAGACAUGAUGGAGUGGAGAAUUGCCCAAUCAGGUGCAAUUGAAUAUAACGGUGAUUUGUUGACCCCACCAGAUGUUAAAAAGCGUCAAACAUAUGAAAACAAAAACAAGACAAUUAAAUCUUCAAGAGCUUACGAUAGCGAUUCAAGUGAUGGCUUGGAUGACUAAAAAGACACAAAAAUAUUCCUCAAAAAUUCACAAUCAAAAAAUUAAACCAGUGCUUUGCUUUGCUAAUUCUAAGACACUUCUUCUUUUUAUUAUAUUAUUUUUCUUCAUUUCUUUCGUCACUAACUCAACCACAUUAAUUCAUUUCUGUCUUUAGUUCAAUGAUUUUGUAUGUGAACUUUAAAAUAAAAAAAGAACAAAAUAAUUGAAAAGUUUUCUUUUUAUAUUUGCU